UACCUAUUCCAUGCAUUCAUCUACAGAUGUUCUGUGGUAAUGUUUGUACAACGAUUAUAUGUGGUUAAGAUAGAAUAAAAAAUAAACAUAUUUGAUGCAAAUCCAUCAAAUUGAAAGUCAAUUGUGAUUUAUAGUUAUGAUAUUUGUUCGAAUUAUUGCGUAGUGUUUGAUCUAAAUAUUAGUAAUAAUAUUAUUCGGAUUGUAUUUGAUUGUCGAUUGCGAUUAGGAGUGAGCGGGAUUUUUAUUUCACGGCCUCUUGAGCAGGAAAAUGGUAUAUAGGAGAGAUUAAUUGUAAAAAGUAUAAACUACAUUCCAUGAGGAUUAUGAUUUCAUUCAUACAGGACUAAGGUCAUAGUGAUAAGGGAUAUUAUCUAAGUGACAUUUAAUAUAACAUUUUUAGCUUUUUAUUAUAUAACCUCUAGAGAGUCGGUGCUAAACUGUUUUCUGUGAUAUUCCAAAGGAUUACUAAACAUGGAAAUUAGUUUUAAGUGAAAUGACACAAAAUACGAUUCAAACAUUUUACAAAAUGUGAUUUAAAAAAAUGAAGAAACGUGUUGAAUAUAAGAGUUGGAUAAAGAACUACCUCCUGUCGAUAUUGUUUACAUUUGUUUUCUCUGUUUCGGCUGCUGGAUGGAAUGGUUAUAUAUUACCUUCAUUUAAAGAAACCAGGACAAAUAUAACUGUUUACGUUGGUAAAACAGCUGUGUUACCGUGUUCAAUUGUUAAUCUCGGAACUAAAAAGGUUAUCUGGAAGAGAGUUGACCAAAAGCAUGCUUUAACCAUAGGCGAGUUUGUGUUUACAACUGACGAACGACACAGUGUAGACCAUUCUGACAAAGGUUAUAAAUGGAAUUUGGUUAUCAAAGAUGUCACUAAAGCACACGCCGGUCUGUACGAUUGUCAAAUUAGCACAAAAGAAGACUUGGUGAGAAGAAUAAGGCUUUCUGUCACAGAUCCUCCUCCAGUGGAAGAAACAAAAGAGAAGAAGACAAUAUUUCGUCCAGCUACUGUUUUUCCAAAUAGCAGUUUUACUAAAAGCCCACGGAAUCAAUCGGCAAUACAUAUAUCAGGGCCAAAUUUCACUGAGAAAGGUGAACCUAUCCGCAUAACAUGUAAUGCAACUGGUGAUUCAAUGACUCCAGAGCAUAUGGAUUGGUUUCAUAAUGGAUUAAAAUUACAGCAAAACAUAGAUGCUGGUGUACUCAUUACAGAAUUUAGACACAGUGAAACAAAAAAACUUUAUAGUGUGUUAGAAAUAGCUAAGAGUUCGAUGAAGGACACUGGAGUAUAUAUCUGUCGGAGUUCGAAAAAAGAUGUUGAUAGUCACCAUGUUGUCGUCCUAAAUGGUAAGUUAACUGAUUCAAGUCAUGACAAACGUGGUUUUCAAGAUAAAAAGACUGUUGUGAAUUCAUCUCAUUUGGAUAACCCGGGUAACAGCGCGUCAAGUGUGAACAGACGUGUACACUAUUUAAUGUCAAACUGUUUAUUAUUAUUAGUGACAAUACUCGCACAUAACCGGUAGCACUUUACGGGUACUUCUAUACAUAGGUUUUAAUCCAGUGUGAUAUGUAAUAUAAUUUAUCAAAAUAGUGUUUUUACGAUUGAGACGUUUGUCUUUGUAAGAUGUAUAUAGUAAAAUUCUUAUUCAUCGCUUUAUAAAAUUGUAUGUUUUAAAGUUUGUAGUUCGGUACGGGAACGGAGAGACUUAGGUAAUAAAAUGAGAGUUUCCAAAGUGUGUGUUCAAACAGAUAAAGAAGAU